UCUGUCAGGCGCUCUUGGCCCGGAGAGGCCGAGGGCCGCCCGAGCUGGCCGGCGUUCUCCCUCCCUAGGGCCGCCCGGGACCCGCCUGCCUGCCUGCCUGGGCGUCCCCUGGAGGCCGAGCGGGCGGCGGGAAGCCCGGCUGGUGGUGGAGCCGAGCGCGGGAACCUUCCUCCCCCCGCCCACCCCGCGCAGCGUCUCCGGCGCCACCGCCGCCUGCAAUGGCGUGCAAGAGCCGAGUCGGAGGAGCUUGCUGCUGCCGGGCAGGCUGCGGGCGGCGGCGGCGGCAGCAGCAGUGCCGGGAGGUGGCGGGCCGGUGGACAGCACGGCGGCAGUAGUAGCCGGAGAAGCGGAGGGGAAUCGAGAGGCGGCGGGGCUUUUGCAACUCCGACUCUCCCGGGUUUCAUCAACAUUCUUUUGAAAGACAUCCAGUUUCCCAUUUGUUUUUUUUGCUGGUACCCAUAUCUGGAGGAUUGUCGUCUGCCUAUAAGUAUGGCCUUGGCAGAAUCUAAUGUCCUUUAAGCCCCUCAUCCACAAUCUCAACUGGAGGGUACAGCGGCCACUAUGUAUGUUGGUUUAACAUCCCAAAAAUAAACAUGAUGAAGACAGAGUGUUCAGGGGAAAGAUCAAAUCUCCGAAGUGCCUCUCCUCACAGGAACGCUUAUAGGACUGAGUUCCAAGCAUUGAAAAGCACCUUUGACAAGCCUAAGUCAGAUGGAGAACAAAAGACUAAAGAAGAAGGAGAGGCUUCUCAGCAAACCAGGGGGAGGAAAUAUGGAUCUAACGUCAACAGGAUUAAAAAUUUAUUCAUGCAAAUGGGCAUGGAGCCCAAUGAGAGUGCUGGAGGCAUGGCAAAGACCAGAAGUAAAGGUGGACCCCUAUCUCCCCCGAGAAGAAUUAGGCCGAAAGAGCUUGUGGAGAAGGGAGAUGGAUCAGUUGUGAAGUUAGAAUCUUCCGUUUCAGAAAGGAUUAGUAGGUUUGAUGCUAUGCACGAUGGUCCUUCUUACUCCAAGUUUACUGAAACACGGAAGUUGUUUGAAAGAAAUACUCAUGAAACAGGGCAUUCAAAUCGCUACUCCCCAAAGAAAGAGAGAUCCGUUUCUAACAGUGAUCUUCAAGAUGACUGGUGCAGCUCUAAGUCUAACAGGGGAAGUACAGAUUCGCUGGAUAGUCUUAGUUCAAGGACAGAGGCUGUUUCUCCAACAGUGAGCCAACUUAGUGCAGUGUUUGAAAAUACUGACUCACAACAAAAUGUUCUAGAAAAGACGGGAAACAAUGAAGAAUAUUCUGUAACUGGCCACUAUCCACUAAACCUGUCUUCUGUGGACACAAAUCUGUCUUCCAGUGUUGCAAACCUCGACGAUUUCAGCCCCAUAAAAGACGCCAAUGCUUGGCCUCCAUCAGCUAAACAAAAUGCCAGCUCAGCACCUGUUGAAAACUCUGAGCAGAACAGUAGUAGAUCUCCAUCAGACAAUGAAACUCCCAAAAGCACUUUGCCUUUGUCAAAAACAGGUGGAAUACAAAACAAGGACGUGUGCUACGAUUCUGUUGAUGCCUGUGAAGCGACUAAACAAGAGUCAGUAGAUGGACUUGAUAAACAAAGUUUUGGUGAGAACUGUACGAGCAGUAAGGCAAAAAUAGAGCCUGUAGUACCACCUUUGCAGCAAAAAAAGAUCUCUGCUGGAGCUGAGACUGCAGAAAUAUCAGGAAACUUAAUAGCUAGUGAUGACAUCACAGUCAGUGAAGCUUCGCGUUCUGUUGGCUCCCACUGUGAAGAUACAAAUGGAAAGGAAGAACAGGAAGACUUGAAUAACUUUCAGAGUUCUCAUGUGUAUAUGCACUCUGAUUACAAUGUCUACAGGGUACGAUCAAGAUAUAAUUCUGACUGGGGGGAGACGGGAACAGAACAGGAUGAUCAAGAAGACAGCGAUGACAACUGCUAUUACGAACCUGACAUGGAAUGUUCUGAAAUUAUUGGAUUGCCAGAAGAAGAUGAAAUCCCAACAAGUCGGAAAAUUAAGUUUAGUUGUGCUCCAAUUAAGGUUUUCCACACAUAUUCUAAUGAAGAUUAUGACAGGAGAAAUGAUGAAGUAGACCCGGUGGCUGCAUCAGCAGAAUACGAACUAGAAAAACGUGUGGAGAAGCUGGAGCUUUUCCCAGCAGAGCUUGAAAAAGAUGAAGAUGGACUUGGCAUCAGCAUUAUUGGAAUGGGAGUUGGAGCAGAUGCAGGCCUUGAGAAACUGGGCAUUUUCGUCAAAACAGUAACAGAAGGUGGAGCGGCAGAAAGAGAUGGCAGGAUCCAAGUAAAUGACCAAAUUGUAGAAGUAGAUGGGAUCAGUCUGGUUGGCGUCACACAAAAUUUUGCUGCAACAGUCCUCAGAAACACCAAAGGAAAAGUCAGGUUUAUAAUUGGCAGAGAAAGGCCAGGACAAGUAAGUGAAGUGGCUCAGCUGAUUAGCCAGACCCUAGAGCAGGAACGUCGCCAAAGAGAGCUUUUGGAACAGCAUUAUGCACAAUAUGACGCAGAUGACGAUGAGAAUACUGACAGAGAAUGUCAUGGAGCCUCAGGCAACUACAAUAAAAAUAACAACUGUUACCUUAAAAAGACAGGAGAAUAUGCCACAGAUGAAGAUGAGGAUGACAUGGGGCCUGUCCUUCCAGGAGGUGAUAUGGCCAUUGAAGUGUUUGAGCUUCCUGAAAACGAUGACAUGUUUUCCCCGACAGAAGUGGACACCAGCAAACUGGCUCACAAAUUCAAAGAGUUGCAAAUCAAACAUGCAGUUACAGAAGCAGAGAUUCAGAAGCUGAAGACAAAGCUGCAGACAGCUGAGAAUGAGAAAGUAAGGUGGGAGCUGGAGAAGAAUCAGCUUCAGCAGAACAUUGAGGAGAAUAAGGACAGGAUGAUGAAGCUUGAGAGCUACUGGAUUGAGGCACAGACCCUGUGUCACACCGUCAAUGAACAUCUGAAGGAAACUCAGAGCCAGUAUCAGGCACUGGAGAAGAAAUACAAUAAAGCCAAGAAACUGAUUAAGGACUUUCAGCAAAAAGAACUUGAGUUCAUCAAGCGACAAGAGGCUGAAAGGAAAAAAAUAGAAGAUCUGGAGAAAGCCCACUUUGCAGAAGUUCAAGGUUUACAAGCUCGUAUCAGAGAACUGGAAACAGAGGUUUUCAGGUUACUGAAGCAAAAUGGGAGCCAAGUUAACAAUAACAACAACAUUUUUGAAAGGCAAACAUCCCUUGCAGAAGUCUCAAGAGGCGACGCCAUGGAAAACCUUGAUGCAAAGCAAGUCUCUUGCCUGGAUGCCUUAAGUCAAGAUUUUAAUGAAGCAGUUCCCGAGACAGAAAGGCUGGACUCAAAAGCACUGAAGACUCGAGUUCAGCUUUCAGUGAAGAACAAAAGGUCAAGACCAACUAGAACAAGACUGUAUGACAGUAUCAGCUCCACAGACGGAGAGGACAGUCUUGAAAGAAAGCCUUCGCGCAGUUACGGUAGUCCCAUGCACAUUACCAAAUCACCUCUGCCUAUGUGUAUGAGAGCCUCCUCACCAGCAUCAGAUUCUGGUGCUUCCUCCCUUUCCCCCGUGGCUAGCAGUGCAACGUUUGCAUUUGACAACGUAACUGGAAACCAGGACGAAGUGUGGCCGUACACGAGUGUUGUAUGUUCCCAUGGAGAUACUCCACUCUCCUCACCUUCAAAAUCCUGUCUGAGCUACGAAGCUUCGCCUGUGCAUCAUCCAACCAGCAGGAGUAUCUUCCAUGAUGAAGAUGGUGCCACAGGUAUACAAUCCCCAAGAACAUCCAGCCCUUCUACGGGGCAUAUAAGGACAAUAAAACAAAAGUUUGUGGACUUGGGGGCUCCCUUGAGAAGGAGUUCUAACAAAGGCAAGAAGAGGAGAGAGAAGGAAGCAGUUAGGGUCUCUACUGGCUGCAGGACAACUAAGGAGCUGCUGGAGUGCUCAGCAAGUAGAGUGUCUUUAAUCAAGCGGUCCUCCUCUCUCCCACAUAGUCCCAUUCCAUUUGCAUGGUAUGGAGAGAGCAGCAGGAGAUCCAAUUCUUCCAGCAAUCUGCCUUCACCUACCAGCUCAACUGAUCCUUCCUCUGAAAAUCUAAGUCCAGCUAAAAAGGGGUCCAAGAAUUUCGCUUUCAAUGACGACUUCAGUCCCAGCAGCACCAGUUCAGCUGAUCUGAGCGGCUUAGGGACAGAACCAAAAACCCCAGGAUUUUCACACUCCAUAGCACUGUCAUCUGAUGAGAGCUUGGAUAUGAUUGAUGACGAGAUCCUUGACGAUGGACAGUCUCCCAAGCACAGCCAGUCCCCAAAUCGCGCCUUUCAGGAAUGGAGUGUACAACAGGUUACCAACUGGCUAAUGAGCCUGAAUCUAGAACAGUAUGUCCCUGAGUUCACUGCCCAAAAUAUAAACGGAGAGCGUCUCGUUCAGCUGGAUGGCAGUAAGCUUAAGGCCCUUGGCAUGACAUCUUCCCAAGACAGAGCUGUCAUUAAAAAGAAAAUUAAAGAAAUGAGAGUGUCUAUAGAGAAAGCUCGCAAAGCUCAAGAGAAGAUGGAGAAGCAAAGGGAAAAACUUAGGAAGAAAGAAAAAGAGCAGUUUCAGAGGAAGCCCCGAAAGCCGGAGAAGCGCUCACCAGAUCCAACAGAGGGAGCUAAUGAGCAGUGAUGAAUAAGAGUUGAUGAUUAUUCUAUUAGGAACCGGGGAAGAGGCUUUCAGGGAAGAAACUCAAAAAGCGAGUCUUGUUUUCCUUCCCUACCUCCUUGUCUUCAUUACACAGAGCUCUGUACUCAUAUCUGAGGCUUUAACUAGAAUAAAUAGGGGAAAUGAACACUGUGUAGCUACACUUUCCUGCAGUUGGUGGACAUGCUGGUACUUUUGACCUACUCGGCCGGCCGCAAGCCCUGACUGCACUUUGCAUUUUCUCAUAACUGGGCUGGCGAACCAAGUCUGGGCCAGCCUUCAGAGCCUUUCCCUUUCUCCAUCCCCACUCCAUCCUCUCAAUUGCCCUUCUUUACAUUGUGCUGGUUGUGUCUGGCCCCUUCCGUAAAUCGGCACAGGACACGGUAGGCUGCAGCUUGCUGUACUGUAAACUUGAAGAUUGCCUCCAGAAAUGGGCAACACUUGAGAAGCUUUCACUGGACUUGUGAAAGGGAGCAAACUGGAAUCGGCUGCCUAUCAGUUAUCCUUUGUUUUCACGGGAACAGCUGCCCCGCUUUGACACCUCAGUCCCCCAAUUCUCUGAAGCGGGGCUCUGUUCGCAGCGAUGCUCAGAGAGGUGAUGCUGGCUUCAUCCCUGCAGCCAUGGUUUCAAGACUUGAAACAAUACAGUGGAGAUGACAGGCAGCAGAGUCUGUCUCAUCAGAGAGGGAGGCAAUCCUUUAUUUUAUUUUCCCCCUUUCCCUUGUGAACUCCACAGCAGUUUAGCCCAAGAAGGAAGCAGGGCCUUAACUUGCUAAUAUGAGAGCAGAGAGUAACAUUUACCCUCUUAGCAUGCGGGUGAGGCUAGGUUUCUAAUACUAGGUUGGGGCUUGUGCUAGAACUUUGGAAUACAGUUUUCCCUUUGUUUUCCUCGGGGUCGGGGUGUCCCUAGCUACUCUUUCCUGUAGCAUGAGAUUCCUUUUUUCAACUGAUAGUGGACGGGAAACUCUUGUUUCUUUUCUAAGGAAUAUUCCCCACCCAUUUUCAGCACAGAGUGGGGUGGGGGGCUGAUGAGGGGCAAGGGGUGGAUGGGAGCAAGUAUGAGACUGGCUGGUUGCAGACCUGGGAUUUGACCUGCUGAAAUUGACCUGCAGAAUGAACCCUAGUUAAGGCUAAAAUGUGUACUUAAAGAGAGAGAGAUGCCAAUUAAGACAAUGUGAGUUUCAAAAUUAAAUACUGUCCCGUUAGUAGAAUGAUGCAGUGGAGAAGAAAGCGAAAAGGAAUCCCAGUAUUUGCAAUCGAGAGUUUUCAGUAAACGCUGGACAAUAGCCUCAUUUCCCUUUUGGAGCAUUGCACAAAUGCAGAGGGUCUGAUUCCAGCCACCUGUUCUGUGGUUUAUUCAUUUUUGGUUAGCUCUUGGUGCUGCCUAUUGCAGAACUAGGGACUAAGAUUCAACAGGCAGAAAACUGGGCUCAAAUGAUGAAUGCGAUUAAAAGGAUUCUGUUAAUCAUUUAUAUCAUUUUAGCAGCCAGAUUUACUUUAAAGCCUACCUGGGCUUCUCAUUGGAGUGCUGCUAGCAAGUCCCAUCCAGUCCAGGAGGGCACAUUGUCGUUUCAGCCAUGAUAGUCUCUCCCCCCCCCCAUUUUUCUCCUUGUGUACAUGUGUCGCUGCAUGUGGCUCAUCUCUCUGAUGGCUUUCUGCAUCCCCACAAGCCCAGUGCAGUUUUUUUCCGAUACAACAUUUGAACUGAAAAUCUGCAGCUAGAAUAACAAAUCUCUGCAGUCAAGGACACUGUUUUAGAUAUAGUGAUGCUUUGGGGAGGUCAGCACACCCCGUAUGACUGGAGAGAGGGCAUAUUUUCAGCACUGGAAAAAAAAUGCUUCUCCUCAAGACGCAAAUUCAACAGAAAACUCAGAUGGAAAUCUGGUCAGACUAGUGUUUUUUGGUUUAUUUUAAGAGGUUAAAAGGUUUUGUUUAGAUAAACAAAAUUAUCUGGGAGAAACUGGAGAUGUACUAUUUUUAGCUAUGAAUGCAUUAAGGUUAAAUGCAUUAGAUGCUCAUUUUCUCUUUUAAGUUAUGUUUACAUGCUUGUAAUUUAAACUGGAUGUAUAUACUAGUAACAUCUAUGAGCACAUUCCUCUGCUUUACAUUAUUUAUAUCCUCUCUUUUGUUUUUCUAAGAUCCCUGGGGGACUAUAUUGCGUUGUAUAUUGAUUUUUUGCAUCCCUGCUGUUUAGGACCAUGUAAAUUGGGUUUUAUCGCCGCAGAUAACUACUUCUGAUUUAUAUCCUGUAAUUGUUCUCUUUCUUCGUUUAUUGCUUGGUGGCAAUUUGGGAGUCGAGCACUGAAUUUUAAUCUGAUUUUUUUAAGAAAAAAUGUGAAAGUGGUCAAAAUGUAAAAGAAAAAAGACACUCCUAAAUAACUACAGUUAAGAAAGAAAUGUAUAAAAUGCAAAUGGGGGGAGCAUAUUUGAAGCAGAACAGAGGAAGCAAGGGGACAGAGUUCUCCUCCUCAUGGACACGAGGCUGUUUUUACUUGCUCCUCUUUGCUCCUCCUCCUGCUCCUCUUCUAAACAUUUUUGAAAUGUUCCUAAAAGUGUUUCCAAUCUUUUAUUUAAAACGAGACCAGGAGGGUAUUUCCGAUGUCAUAGGAGUAGCGGUCCUGGAGUGAGCGUUGCUGGGGCUUGUUUCUCAACAGUUGUCAGUGCGGCAACCGCAGCUUCUUCCCUGCCUUGCCUUUCAAAUGGUAAGAAAAGAUGCACUGCGCAGACCUUGCCCUUUGCCACACGCCUAAGGAAGACACAGCUAGCCAACAUGGACCAGGCAUUGGCAAAUACAUGCUCAGCUGCCUGGGCUUCCCUUGUUUGCAGCCAAAGUGAGAUGUGCUCCUAGGAACUGUAAGCCGCCUUUAGUGUUCAGAUGACAGUCAAGAGCGUUUGGUCCACUCAGUAUACUGGAACUGGAAAAUGGAGCUCUUCUUCCUCCCCUUGUUAUUAGCUCAGAUUUUGCCAAUCCUGAGCAUCCCCCAGACCUGUAAUAAAAGUACGCUGAUCUCUGGAGCAUACCCCAGAGCUGGGGGGUGGGGGUGUUGCACCAACAUUUAGCCGUGUUUGACCCCAAAGUACGGGCUCUGCCUGAGUUCCUUCUCUUGCUUGUUCCGUUAGACGGCUCAGCCACAGCACAACGAUUCAGCAGCUUCCCACCUGCUUCGUAACCACCAAGGCAGGCUGCUACAUAUUUUGGUUAUAAGCACUUCCACAAUUUAUAUUCUCCAGUAGGGUGGUGGUGUUAGCAGUAGGCAAAGUUAGGUGCUUAACCAAGUUCCCUGCAUACUGAAGAUUCCACCGCAGGAACGAGAGUUUGGGCAUUGCCGGGGGGGGGGGGGUCCUGCAGGGGUAGGACCCACUCAGUUCAUGCAGACCAAACUAGAUCAGCAGAACCUGAUAAAAAAACUGCUCUGCAGAGUUCCCAACCACUGCCUGGCCCCCUCCUGUGUUGUUCAGGUUACCUGCUUGCAGUCUGGGAAGAGGAAAGGCCCCUACAGAAUAUGUGGGAAAUGAGGUAGCCUAAGGGCUUCAUCCUGCCUGAAGUAGCUGGUGAAGCCAUCGCCUGUCACAUUGUUCCUGCACACCGGAGCCUUCAUAUCCGUGUGUAUAUAUACCUCUGGGGCAUAAGCAUUGCUGGCCUGCACACAUGCAGAAGGAUCCCCCUUGGUGCAAAGUCUGUGAUGGUUGGGCGGUAAGUCGCUUAAGAAGAGAGAAAAGGACCUUCCACUACUUUUCCUUUCAUUGCACUAGUCUCGCAUUUGGUUAAACAGGACUGUGAGACUAAAGACCCAAAGAGAGAAACAGGGGGGUCGCUACAUAGCUAGGGUGUCUAGUUGUAUGACACUUUGCACAGUUUGUUGACCUACGCGUUGAGAAAAAGCUCUUAAAAACAGGGUAUGUAAGUUUUAGAAGGUCUUUCUUGAGUAUAGAAAAGGGGUCAGAGGUGACGAUGGGCGAUAAUCGUUUUGUUGCCAUCGGGAGAUUGCCCUUCCCUUUCUGCCUUCAGUGAUAACAUUCUUUUUUCUCUCUUAAUUAAUGCUUAGGAUUCCUUUCUGCAUUGCACUUGCAAGAUGUUACCCAGCUCCUUGAAAGUCCCUCCCCUGCAGAAACAUGAUUUGUAUGAAUGCUUAACACCGAAUGACCACCAAGUCAGACACGUAAACUGAGAGCCCUUUCCAGAACGUUGUCAGAUGUAAUUUAGAAUUAGUGCCAUUUAUUUAACAUUCAGACCAAUAUGUUUUCUGAUAUAGGAAUAAAUCCUCUUGGUUUCUCGUAUUUAUAACCAUAGAAACAGUACUUAAACUGUGCCUCAGCAGGAGAAAGUGUGGAUUUGUUUCUCUCUUCCUAAGUACAGAAAAACAACAACCCGUCAGCAAACUUGUUUCUUUGCGAAGAAUGCUGGAAAGAAGAAAAAGAGAUGUUUUCUCAAGACUGUGUUCAUUUGCGUAGUUUGGAAGUUUCUACUCAUUUAAGAAAAUUUGUACGUAAACAGAAGGUAUAGAGUUGAUUUUUGACUUAUUUUUCAUUGAAUCAAAAUAGUGAAAGGUAUUCAGCAAAACUGGAAGGUUUUCAGAGGUGAACUGUUUUGAAAACAGACUUGUGUGCGCCCAUUUUUGCACACAAAUAUAUGUGGCUCCGGAAGUUGGGCAUGGAGCCUGAAACAUAUAGACAGCCCACAAGAGGGUGCUAGUCAAGCAAACCCCAAGGAAAAUGACUCUUCGCCACAAGGCAGGAAAGAAUUUGACUCUGGGCCCAACCUCUUGCAUGUUGAGCAAGUGGAAUGGUUGUCCAUUAAAACAUUUUAUAGUUGAGGGACCACAAGAUUUUAAACAGAACGUUUUCUUAAAGCUUCUAUUUCCCAGUGUUUUCUCUGGAUGUCUUUAUGCAUGUUGUUCUUUUGGCAGAAUCAAUUUAGUAGAGAUUUGCUAUUAAGAAGAAAUCACUUCUUUUGGAUAUUUUGUAAACUGUAUGCUUGAAUUCUAUUGGAAAGGUUUGAGUAGUUUUUCGCAGAGUGGGAUUGUGACUUGGCCAAUCAACACUUGCAAUUGUCGAGUCAUUCGCAUAUUUCACAGUCCCUUUGGGUUGAUGGUUUCUCCUCCUUCCCUUUUAUUUCCAUUGCAUUCCUCCGACACUGGAAAGAUGGCGAUUUAUGCCGCUAUUGACCUGGGCACAAGCAGAGUCAUUCUCAUAACUGGAAAAAGGAAAGUCGACCUUUGUAGGUUUUGAGUAUAAGGUGCAUGCAUCUUAUUUAGAAUGUGAAGUUCUUCUUCUGCAAAUAGUGGUUGCUUCUUUCAUCUGGAUGUUUGUGAUGCACCACACCUCUCCACUUAUUUUAGUGCACUUCAAAUAGCCCUUUUUCUUAGUAUCCUCAUAACGCUGUGAAGGCAACAUCAGAGGAUGCAGAGGACGAGGGGGACACGGAUGCUGGAUCUCCCCCUCCUGGAAACUGGAGCACUUUUCUCAUGGAGUUACAGAAUGGUCUCCAGCUAUUGACUGAGGCCAGGGAUGGGGAAGCCUUCCAGUUACUGAACUACAGCUCCCAUCAUCCCUGACGACUGGAUACACUGACUGGGGUUGAUGGAAGUUGCAUCUGGAGGGCCAUAGGUUUUCCACCGCUGACUCAGACCUCUGAUUUUAUCUUCACAGUGCAGGAAGGAGCUCCCACACCCUACAGGGAAACGUUCACACCCUCUUCCUUGCACAACUACCAGUGAAACAAAUGGCUUGAAGCAGCGGUGCUCAGUGAACGAGCCUUUGGUUGUAAAAAAGAAGUCAUCUUUUAUUUCAAAAGGCUGGGGUUAGCUUUGAAUGGACAUUGAUGGAGCCUUGAGCUUAUUGUAAACACCCCUAGCUGCACAGGGCCACAGCUAGCUAGGAAAAGGAUAACUCAGAACUACUGAAGUAGACUCCAAAAGAAGAGCAAAAAAGCCAAUGCCAGCAAAACCUCUAAAUGGCAAUGACCCCAGGAAAAACUUGCCCAACCAGAAAUAUUUUCCUUGCCAGUUUGUCACGUUAGCUCCUGCUUUUGUAAGGAGUUUUGCAUUCAUAACUGCAAUACAAACCAUUGUUGGCUUAGCUAGUGUUGCAUCUGGCUAAAACAAGACAGCCCAAAGCCACCCUCAAGAAGUGCACUGUGCGACCCCAUUGCUUUGAAACAGAGUGUUGGCUUGUCAGUCAAAGGGGAGGGGGAGGGGGAACUGUGUGUUGGGGAGGUGUUAAUGUAUGAAUUGCAUGUUAUCCUGGUAUUUUAGUUCAUUUUUUAGUUUUGUACAUCUAGGUGUCAAAUCAUCUGCAUGGAAGAUGCUGCUGCAAUGCCCUGUCUCAGUUUGUAUGCUUGUGCUUUCUUAAUUUGUCCUUCUUUUUCAAAAGAUUUAACUUCCCAGGAAAAAACAACAUCUCUCUACGUUUAGUUACUUGGAGGCAUUAAGAUAAAAAUAAGAACAAA